AUGUCUUCCAACGAGAACUCUGGCUCCUCCACCCUCCAGUCCUACGUGGACUCUGCCGUCGGCGCUGCCCAGAACGUCCUAUCGUCCAUCACCGGCAACCCCGCUGACCAGGCCGAAGCAAACGCCAGCAAAUCCCAAGCCGAGCAAGAAUACCAAAACUCGCACACUACUGCGCGCGUGGGCCCCUUCACCGCAGACCCCAACACCGGCGCCGCUGUCAGCGACAACCAGGACCGCACAUCCGGCUCAUGGAACCAAACCGUGGGCGCCGCCAAGGAGUCCUUCGGCAACUUGAUCGGAAACGAGAAUUUGCGUCAAUCCGGAAUUCAGCAGAAUGCAGACGGUAAAGCGCAGCAGGCAAAGGGCCAAUUGUCGGACUUGGGUCAGGGAGUUACUGAUCGUGCCCGUGGUGCGGUCGGCGCUGUUGGAUCGGCUGUGCUUGGUGACCAGGAAGGUCAACAGAAGUGGCAGGAUGUGCAUGACGAGGGAAAGACUCGUCAGCGCGGUGUUGAGGCUGAUUUGCAGAAGACUGAGCAGCGAUAG